AUGCGUAGCAGCCCGAGUGGCAACCCGAUCGCCACAAUUGAAGAAGUUCGUGGCCUACCGACUGGAAAGCUCUUGACAUCUUUCUGGGCACUCACGACGAUCUUAUGGAGCAUCUUCCGACCGCCGCAGCAUACAUAUGGAGCUCGUGUGCUCUUGUUCCAGCCAGCGUGGCUAAUACGUUCUCUCAACAAUAGCCUGCUGUGGGACCAAGACCUGGCAUUAUGCCUCGCAUCUCACGCAGUGUACAGCUACUUCGCAGACUACUGGCGAUUUCCAAACGCUGGAGAUUUACACUGGCUCAACCCGGAGGAUGGUUCGAUGUACAUUUACCACCAAGUGUUCUCCCUACUCGCCAUCUGUGCCCUCUUUGCAAGCGGAAUUGUCUUCCGUGGCAGGAGACUGGUGAACAAUAGUGUCGAGACGAUCCAUGAACAAAGGAUAGAUGAUCAGGUCCUACCACCCUUGCUUCUAGAAAGUAGGACGACACACUCGAGACUGUUCCCAAAGAAGCAUUCCUUCUCAUACUCGUACUUGCUCGUCGGCAUACCUGUUGGGGUACAAGGCCACAUGAAUCGCAUGCUCUCCGUCGAUUCACAAGAACGGGCAUGGUUCCAUAUCGACUCGGCCGACUACCUAGCCCGUGGCAGUUCUGGCUCGACCUUGGCCGAGAAGCUCAAAGCAUAUCUCCAUGCACAAGGUGUGACAGACCGUCAAUAUGCUUAUGCGUAUCUGGUCACAGCACCACGCUUUUUGGGAUACAGCUUUAAUCCUGUCUCAUUCUGGUACUUGUACGACUCAGACGUACAGCUGAAGUACAUGAUUCUAGAGGUCAACAACACUUUUGACGAGCGAAGGCUGUAUUUGCUGAAGGGCGGCGAAGCUGAAGAUGAUGGCCUCGAUGGAAUGGCCGUGCCUACUACAAACGGCUCAUCGAAAGCACCCAAGCACAUGGUGUUCAGCGAUACAUGGCAGAAGGACUUCCACGUCUCGCCUUUCAACAGCCGCAAGGGAUCAUACUCGUUGCGAGCCGUGGACCCUGUUGCGGCCUUCGAGACCACUGGACAGGUCCAGAUCGACAACACAAUCGUGCUGAGGUCAUCUAAAGAGCAUCCAAAGAUAGUCGCACGUAUCGUGUCAGAAGGCAUACCCAAGGACCCGUCAACGAGUACGGCCACGGAAAAGGCUCGCUUCAUUGCGAUCUGGUGCUGGGUGGGCUUCGCCACUUCCCCACGCAUUGUCUGGGAGGCGUCAAAGCUCUUCUUCAAGCAGAAGCUGCAUGUAUGGUACAAGCCUGAAAUCACUGCUAGAAGUAUCGGACGAUCGUAUACUGCAGAUGAAAAGCAUCUCGAGACAUUCUUCCGAGCCUUCCUCACCACCGCCGUGGAGAGAUCAUCCAAGCAGUUGCGUGUUAUCUACGAGCCCGCACACAGCGAGGACGGCGAGAUCGUGAUAUACUCGCCCGGAUUCACUUACGAAGAGGAUCACAGGCGCACGCUUUCACUCCGAGUACGGUCACCGGCCUUCUACAGCCGCUUCGUCCACUACAGGAACGCGAGCGAGGCGUUUGAGACAGAGUGCUUAGCCGGCGAGGAGAAAAAUCGCACGGCAUACCUCGAGCCUGUAGAUUUGUUGUCAGAUCUGCUGGAAGUGAUAAAGGAGCAGACCGACACAACUGCCGCCGACAGUCGGCUGAAAGCAGGAAGCAUAAUUCAGCGAUCCCGUUGGUCGGCGAUGCAGCGCUUGCGAUGUCCUGCUGCACUGGCAGCAUAUCCGACGACCGAUGCUAUUCAUGCUUCAGUGAACGAUAAGGUGGCUGGAAUCCAUGCAUUCGACGCCUUCGUUAAGAAAGACUUCGACGACAGUGAUAUCUACCGGAGGAUAGCUACUAAACUCUUCCUCGCAGAACGAAUGGGCCUCGGCGUUCCAGCGAUACUCGCCUUAUUGGAUAUCGCCGUCCGUGUUGGAUUACUGCUUGCUACAUACAGCUACCUAUAG